UCGGGACGGCGAACCGUGCGGUCAUUCCCGAUUUUCUCCGAUUGUGUAUACACGUGUGUGCGUGUGCGUAUAUGCACGCGGUGUGUCCGGCCAUUCAUUUGUUUCGUGAUCUCGCCAGGUGAUCCGGAGCACGCUCGAGCCGCCUGGCCGAGGCCGGGGUCGAAUCGACAGCCGCAGCUGCCGACGAACGUCCGAGACACGCACCGGCCUGCGAUGAUACGCUCCUGGAGCUCGCGGCGAUCGCGCGCGAGCGUCGUCAUCGUCAUCGUCGAGGCGUGACGCGACGUCGACGAUUUAGUUCGCCGGCGACCCGCGUGGCGACAGCUUGACGUAUUGGUGGUUCCGGAAGGAAGACGCCGGAGGAACGGCGCCGAGGACCGAUCAAGGGGUGGACGGGCAGGAGAAGCGGAAGGAGCGAAAGAAGAACGGACGAAGAGGAAGAAUAUGAACGAGUGAAGAAAAAGAAAAGGAAGAAGAAAACAAAAAAAAAUAAAUAAAUCGACAAAGAGAGAGAGAGAGAGAGAGAGAGAAGGACUUCGCGAAGAAAGAGCUACUCUGAGGGCGCAGCGAGCAGGAUUUCGGGUUCGGAAGGGGGCGAAGAGGGAGAAGAGGGGGAAGGGCAGCUGCGGACGGACGUGGAUCCACACGUGGAUGCUGUGGCCGGUGUUGGGGGGGGAUGACGGGCUGAGCCCAGCAGCGUCGCCCACGCCGGCGGCGACCGGCGCUGCCCCCGUCAAGGGGGUGAACAAACUGACCCCCUUGCUGCUCUGCGCCCCUUGCAAGCCCAGCGGCCACCGGAAGAGCCAGAGCUCCACCCAGUGGUACGUGCAACAGCCCACGUGGCGUUUAUGGGGCGAGGAAAGGGGCGACGGUGUCAUAUACACGGUGUACCUGAAGAAGGUCCGAUACCAUCGGCCAACGAGGAGCCUCUCGGCUUCGGUAAGCNNNGACGAGAUCUCGCAUUUGGAAUGGGAGACGGUGAGGGUGCGGUUCUUGAAAGCCGGCACGGUGCAGCGGCUGGUCGAGAGCCUGGCGAACGACGACGGCGAGCUGGAGUCAACGUACAUAAACGUCUUCCUGGCGACGUAUCGGGCCUUCACGACUCCGCGCGAGGUGUUGGAGCUGUUGCUCGCCAGGUACGACGCCUUGGACGAUAGCACCGGCUGCGAGCAGCACCGCAAGACCCUCGUCCAGGCCCUGCACGUCUGGUUGGACGCUUACCCGGGUGACUGGAAGUCGCCCCCCAACCAUCCCCUCCUCACCAGACUCUUGGACUUCACGCACCGGCACCUGUUGGGCUCCGAGCUCGAGCUUAAGGCCAGGCACCGGCUGCACAGGUUUCAACGUGAGGAUCAGAUAGACUCCUGCAUGGUUUACGACAAUGGUCGGCUACCCAUGCGCGGCUCCCCGGAUCCGAUGUCGGAUCACUGGACGAGCUACAUCUUCCCGGAGGUGCCGCAGCGUCACUUCGCCGAGCAGCUGACGCGGAUGGACGCGGAGGUGUUCAAGAAGCUGGUCGCCCACCAGUGCCUCGGCGCCGUCUGGUCCAGGAAGGACCGCUCGAGGAGCCACGACGCCGCGACGGUGUUGGCGACGGUGAAUCAGUUCAACGCGGUUUCCUUGCGCGUCAUCUCCACGAUCCUGACGGACACGACGCUGAAGUCUCAGGAGCGCGCGCGGAUCCUCGAGACGUGGAUCGACAUCGCGCAGGAGCUGCGCGUGCUCAAGAACUUCAGCAGCCUGAAGGCGAUCGUGUCCGGCCUGCAGAGCAAUCCGGUUUACCGGCUGGAGAAGUGCUGGCAGUGCAUGCCGCGCGAGAAACACGAGCUGUUCCGCGAGCUCGAGAGGAUAUUCUCGGAGGAGAACAACGCCUGGACCCAGCGGGAGCUCCUCAUCAAAGAGGGCACCGCCAAGUUCGCCGACACCGCCGGUAGGAGCGACCGGCAUCUGCAGAAGCUCUUUCAGAAGCAGAAUACUCACGCGGGCAACAUCAGUUACGGCACGAUACCGUAUCUAGGCACGUUCCUGACUGACCUGACGAUGAUCGACACGGCGAUACCGGACACGAUAGCCGACGGGCUGAUCAACUUCGACAAGAGACGCAAGGAGUUCGAGGUCCUCGCGAGGAUACGGCUUCUUCAGGGCGCUGCGAACGCGUAUAACUUCAGCACGGAUCCCGUGUUCGACCGAUGGUUCCAUUCCGUACUGGUAUUGGACGACCGGGAAGCAUACAAACUCAGCUGCCAGAUUGAACCACCGCCAGCGGGCAACACCCUCAACAACCGCGGGAAAAAGAAGCAGGGUCACCAAGGACACCGUAAGAACGACUCGAUCGCCUCGACGUCCAGCUCCAGCAGUUCGCAGUUCUACUGCGACCUGGAUUCUUUGCCGAGUUCGCCGCACAACUCGCUCGACCGGCGCACCUCGCCCUCGCAGAUGUCCAGCUCGUCCUCGAGCUCGUCCUUGCCCUCCUUGGACGUGUCCUUGAGCUCCGGCGGCGGCGGCGGUAGCGGCAACCAUCAGACGCGACUGGCACCGCCAUCGGCGGGUGCGGUCGCUGCCAACGGCAGCACGCCCAACCUCGCCGGCCUGUCGAGUCCCAGCCACUCGCACAAGAGCUCGCCGGACUUCUACAUCAUCAAGGUCACCAUGGAGAGCGACAACGUGGAGACGGACGGCGUCGUGCUGUACAAGUCGAUAAUGCUGUCGAACAACGAGCGCACGCCUCAGGUGGUCCGCAACGCGAUGCUGAAACUCGGCCUCGAGGGCAGCCCCGACCAGUACACCCUGGCCCAGGUGUUGCCCGACCGGGAGAUGGUGCUGCCCAACUCGGCCAACGUCUAUUACGCUGUAAAUACCGCGCACAACCUCAACUUCAUACUGCGGCCGAGGCGGGAGCCGAACGACGCGGCCUCCGACAGCCCCAGGAGCAAGGGCAGCCACAAACGGUAGUCCUGAAUCCCCCC